AUGUCGUUGACAAAACUGUUACCCACAGCACAUACGAAUGAUGAUUACGAUGAAGAUGUGGAAGUGGGUUCAUCAGCGGUUAGAAUCAAUCGUCAUUCAUAUAAUACAGACACGAAUUGGCCGACACAAACAUCAGAUAUGACGCCACUGGUAACAACAACGACCGAAUCAACCGAAACAACUGGAGUUGUUAUUAAAGAUGUUGUACCACGUUCGAUGUACUAUCAUGAUCGAGAUAAUGAUGAUGAUUGUUUAUGUACAUGCUCAUGCUGUCGUUGUGAAUGUUGUCCAACUGUGUCGGACUGGUGUGUCAGAGAUCCUUACGGAUUGUCAUGCGGCUUUACCACCUGGUUUUUAUUUGUCUACGCACAAUUUGUUAUGAUUUUUGUUAUUUUAAUACCGAAAAGUCAUGGAACUUUGUUCAACUUUAUUAAUUUGAUUAUUUUUCAUGCGUUGGAAGUUCUUGCUGUGUCAUCACAUUUUCGAACGAUGUUUUCAAAUCCAGGUACUGUUCCAUUGAAUAAUGCAACCCCAGAAAACUUCUUGAAAUACGCUAAUGGUACCGUUGUUUACCGAUGUGCUAUGUGUCAAAGUAUCAAACCACCUCGAGCCCAUCACUGUAGUGUUUGUAAACGAUGCGUGAAACGAAUGGAUCAUCAUUGUGUGUUUGUGAACAAUUGCGUAGGUCAAAACAAUCAAAAAUAUUUCAUUCUAUUUACGUUCUACACAUGUAUUAUUUCAAUCUAUGCACUUAUUCUGCUCGGUAUUCAUGUUACAACUUGCAUUCAAGCAGAUUGGUCUGUAUGCACAGCUUGGUCGCCGCCGGCUACGAUCAUUUUUCUUAUAUUUCUUGCGUUCGAAGCCAUUUCAUUCUCGUUAUUUACCGGCAUUAUGACAGGUACACAAUUAUACUCAAUAUACACUGAUACAACGGGUAUCGAAUCUUUCAAAGGCGAAGGAAAUUCUCGACGACGUAAUAAUUCAUUUAUUUCAUCAUUAAAAGUCGUCUUUGGCUCUCAGGUCGGCUUAACGUGGCUUAAUCCGUUUUCUAAACCAGUGAAUGUAAUAACUCAAAAUGAUGAACGUGUAACAUUUGAUGUUUAA